AAAUUUUUUAACAUUUUACUGACUUUUUUUUAACCAAUUUGAUGAAAACCAAAGUGGUCGAAUGAUUUUUGCUUAAACCUAGUUUUGCCAUUAAACAAAGGUUUAGGCGGUGGAUUUUUAAGACGAGAGACAAUAACUAAAAAACAAUACCAAAACAAACAAAACCUAAUAAAACUUUCGGUAUUUAAAGUCUCGAUAACAUCUUCUUCCACAAGUCUCUCUCUCUCUCUCUUCCAUAGAAAAUAUGAAGAAGCUCUACAGAAAAGGAACCGUACACCCGUCGCCGCCGCAGAUAAAAUCCAACGACCACCUUCUUACUCUUCUUCCCGUCGCUAUUUUCUCACUAGCGGCGGUUCUCUCACCGGAAGACCGUGAAGUUUUAGCCUAUCUCAUAUCAACCGCAUCUUACUCCGGCGAGCGAAACCCUACCUCUCGCCUGAAUAAGACCAAAGCCCACAAAAAAGCCCUUUUCGACAAUCACUCGCCUCUUUUCCACUGUGACUGCUUUAGCUGCUACACGAGUUACUGGGUUAGAUGGGACUCGUCACCGAGUCGGCAGCUUAUUCAUGAAAUCAUCGAUGCCUUCGAAGAUAGCUUGGAGAAGAACAAGAACAAGAAAAAGAACGUUACUGGUAAGAAAGAUAGAAGAAAGCGUUCAGGGAAGUCUUCUUCACUUCUUGCUAGUUCUAGCUUUAGUACGGAUGACUCAGAGAUUCCGAGUCGACUCGGUGAGUCAGUUGUGAAUUCGUGUCCGUGUACGAGUUCAAGCGAGUUGACUCAAGAUGGAGGUGGUUGCAGCGGCGGUUUGGAACCAAUGGAGUUUUUUUGUGCCGGAGACGCUUGUGAGAAGGUGGAGGAGGAGAAGGGAACCGUGAGGAGAUUUGUGAGUUUUAUUGGUGAGAAAGUUUUUGGUGUUUGGGGAUAAGAAAAUUUUGCUACAAAAUUACAAGAAAUAAAAUGCUCGAAAUGGUUUUUUAAAUUGUUGUUUAUUCACAUCUCUCUCUAGGCCAAAAUGUUAGUUUUUUCCCGAAAGGUUUCAUGUGACAACAUUAAUUGUGUUUAUAAUUAAUGCGACAAGCUAUCAGUGUAUUAAACAUCUUGAUUAUAUAGAAAAAGUCAGUAUAAUUGCACGUAUUUAAUACGCCUGAAUGUAUGCACACAUCAACUACAAAGGUGUGACCACUGACGACAACUCCACAAGGUUACGAUUAACGUAUAACGUAUUCUUAAUUUAUUAUAUUCUUACCGUCAAGAUUAAAAAGUAUUUACAUUAUUGAGGACAAUAUAAAGUAGAAUUGUUAUAGUCUUUUAUUGCGAUCAUAUGACGCCUAGACAUAUGCAAUUGAUUAUUCAUCGUCUUCUACAAGGAUGCUUUGAUAGAAGCUUUUAAUUAAAAUAUGUAUAUGUACUAUAUAAUAUAUUAUUUCGGGUCCAAAGAUAACUUUUGUGCUGCCCACCACCACAGCCAUUUUUAUGCUUCAUAUGAAUUCGUGUUUCAUGUUUGGUUAUGAUAGUCUUUUCAGUUUACAGAGCUUCUUCUCCUUGUGUUCGCGGUGUGUGUUAGCUGUCUUGAUCUUUCGUCGAGCUCCUUCUUGAGAUUGGUGAUGUUUGAGAAGUUUUGCUUCGCUCCUUGUCCUUGCUUUUGAGAUCUGGUUUAUAUCUGAUCGCUUUUUGUUGGAUUCUAGCUAGACGUUAAGUGACGCUUGAGUCGUCGUCGCCGUCGCAUCUGGAAGCUUGUUUGAGUUUCUAUGAAUGCUCUUUGCUUGUUGGGUUAUGUUUCCUUGGUUCUCGAGAGAUUGGCUCUCAACAUGAUAGGAGGUGGUAGGGGUUUAUUCCUGGUUUGGCCGUAGGCAUCCGUGAUAAAUCGCAUUCGCAGGCGUUUCAAAAGGAGAGUUUCUCUGUUGUUCUCGGGUUCUAUCAUAUCUCUCAAGGUUUUUGCCUAGUUACCUUUGCUUUUAGUUUUGGGAAUCGUCCUCUUUUGAUUGUGGCUUGAUUAUAUUUGCUUUGUGUGUCUAUUUCAGUUUAGUUGUCUCCCUUUGAUAGGGAUUAGGUUUUCGGAGAAUAUUCCUUUCUCUUCCGGCUAUGUCUUCGGAGACUUGUUUAUUUGCCGACUUAGAUUUUUCUUGUUUGGGCAUAUGUAUUUCAUCUUUGAUUCUACAAUUAGUAUCUUUAAUAAAAUUUUAAGUG